AUCAGGUACAGGGGUAAGAACUUGGAGUGCAUAUAUGCAUUCUACUGGACCUCUGUCUAGCUAAUAUUUGUGCGGAGCCAAUAAAUCCUUAUAAUCCAGCUUGCUCCUUCCAUCGUCCAAAACGUAAUUGAUAUCAUACUCCGUGAACCCAGUUAAGUUAAUGGGUAAAUUCAUACUCCGUUACACGGUUUCACCACCUUGUUCGUCCAAACUUGGUCCUGUUGGUCCAGUUGGUCUACCCACCAUGCUCUUAUCCUUCGGCUUCUCCUGCUCCGCCUUGUUCUUCUUGCUGUGCUUCCUUUGUAUAUCUCAUAUUCAAUUAAAAAAAUAAAAAAUAGAAAUGGUUCAAAAGCAACAGCAUUAUAUCCGUGAAUAUGAGGCAACUGCGUCCAUCAGUAACUAAGUUGGGAAAAAAAAAAAAGAAAAAGAAAAAGAAAGGAUUUGACAUGGCGAACUAUGUCAAAAUUUUCACCGCCUCCUUCAAUCCUAAAUUGUGCGAGUGUGGAUGAAAAUGUUGACAGGUACUGGAAUAAAGUUUGGAAAUGGAGAGGCCCUUAUUGGCAACAAAUGAGCUCUGCCACCGACGAGGACUUCGAACAUAUAGGAUAUGCAUGUGCUGAGAGAUUGCACCAGGAAUCAAAGGAACAUGUUUUAUGCACAAAAACUGAGGGAAUGGUUCAACACCAAGUUAUUAGCUAGGGAUAAGAGGUGGAGUACGAAAUUUGAUACAAUCUGUUGGACCCUCUGGAACUGGAGAAAAAAUAGGGUAUUAAAUGAUGAUGGCAUAGAAGUGCAAGCAGCUGUAAGGUUGGUGAACCAGAGAGUGGAUGAGAUGGAACGGAGUCAAAAAAAACUAUCAUGGCAGGCUGCAGAACAAAGCAGGAGGACGGAGAUUGGCUGGGUUCUGCAGCCCGGAUUAAAAUUAAUUUUGAUGGAAAGGGGCGGCUGGUGGUUUAUUGCGGGAUACUGAAGGCAAAUUUGUGGGAGCCAUUGUCAACAAGAAGAUUAUCUCUGUGGUAAAAUCAACUCCGAUGAGCAAAGUCGGUGUGGGUAGGGAGGUAUGAGCUGUAAGUGUAUAUUAGAACAAGUAAUUAUCUCAUCGGAUCGCAAUGAUAGAGAUAUAAACUAAGGAAUCCGGGGGAGAUCCUGGUAUAGGAACAACGAUAAGGUACCUCGUACUACCUAAGUUCCUUAGACUACUGUGAGGUAAAUUCCCUAUUACAUAUGGGGGGACUCAUCGUAGGAAAUUGAUAUUAGAACAAGGAAAGGAAAAAUGGAAAAUUCUUAGGUGGAUCGAGUCCUGUGAUGGAUCCUUUAGCAUGUCGAGAACGUGCAAAAAAUGCGUGUUGGAUCAGUUUUUUUUGUUUUUUGAAAUUCCAAACGCGGUACUUAAAACAAUCAACGGGCUUUGAAGAUUGAAUGACACACGAUUCUCUCUAGAACGGG